AUGCCAAUUGAAGAUCCAAGAGUUAGGCUAAGAAAAGCUGCAUUUGAAGGAAAUCUACAUAUUAUCAAACGUUUAACAGCAAGAAUAAGCAUGCAAAAUCCCGAUUCUGAAAAUGGAUGGCAUGUACAAUUUGCUCGUUUUGGACAUGAGCAAGUCGUUGAAUUUCUUUUACAAAGAGGCCAUGAAGAUCCAGAAAUCUCAAGAGAUUUUGAAAAUAAUACAGUUCUAAUGAUUGCUGCACAAUAUAAUCACCUUGAAAUAAUGAAAUUAUAUGCAGCAUUUUUUCCUAAUAGUAUUAAUAUGUGCAAUAAACAAGGUCAAACAGCAUUAAUAUUUGCAUCUAAGCAUGGACAUCUUGAAAUAAUUGAUUUUUUAUUAGAAUAUGGAGCUGACAUAAAUCAAACAGAUUAUGAAGGCAAUACGGCUUUACACUAUGCAGCAGCUUGGGAUAAAUCUUCGGUUGUAACCAUGUUGAUUGAGCGUGAAUGCCAAUUUGCAGUAAAAAAUAUUGCAGGGUGGACUGCUUUAGAUUAUUCAUAUUCAAUGAAUUUAAAAGAACAUUUACAAGAAUGUGCUCGUACGCAUCACGAAAAUAAAAUUAUAAGAAGACGUAACAAUCUCAAAAUAAAUAUUGAGAGUUCUCCACUAAUUGAUUCAAUGCCGUUUACUAUACGGUCAGCAACUUUUCCACUUGUAAAAUCAAAUGAUUUUCUGGAUAAUAAUAAUGGUAAUAGCAACAACAGUAGCAUUUCAUCAAAUUUAUCAUCAAAUGAUAUAAAUGCAAUCAAAAGAAAAGAAUCUUUACCUUGGUAA